UACCCAAUCUACCUAGGCCGUCUAUUGGGCGUUUUGAAGAGGCACAGCCGCGGGAUGGCGCCGCCUGCGAGAACUGCCGGCGCCGCUGUGACUGCACUUUCGGUGAUAGCCAUGCUCUCUUACAUAAUUCUAAGCAAUAGUAGGUCUCGUUCGAAAUCUUCAAGCAGGAGGGCCACAGUUAAAAAUUCCGGAAGUGGACUCGUCGCCGCCAUUGGCAACACUCCUCUCAUUAGGAUCAAUAGCCUCUCCGACGCCACUGGAUGCGAAAUUCUGGGGAAAGCGGAGUUCUUAAAUCCUGGAGGGAGCGUGAAAGAUAGGGUGGCAGUCAAAAUCAUUGAAGAGGCCCUGGAAACUGGAGCUCUAGCUCCCGGCGGGGUAGUCACAGAAGGAAGUGCUGGAAGCACGGCUAUUAGUCUUGCAACAGUUGCUCCAGCCUAUGGAUGCAGGUGCCAUGUUGUUAUCCCUGAUGACGCUGCCAUUGAGAAGUCUCAAAUUCUGGAAGCUCUUGGUGCCACCGUUGAGAGGGUUAGACCUGUCUCAAUCACACACAGAGAACACUUUGUAAAUAUUGCAAGGAGAAGGGCGUCGGAGAUGAAUGAACUAGCAUUGAAGAAUGAAAAGAUUAGCGAAACUAGCAACCAUAUUGUGGAAUCGCAUGGUUCAAAUUGCUUAGCUGACUGCAAGGGUGGUUUCUUUGCAGAUCAAUUUGAGAACCUUGCAAAUUUUAGGGCUCACUAUGAGGGUACUGGACCUGAGAUUUGGGAACAAGUUGGUGGGAAAUUGGAUGCAUUUGUUGCUGCUGCUGGCACUGGUGGCACGGUAGCUGGAGUUUCUCGGUUUUUAAAGGAGAAGAAAUCAUCUAUCAAGUGCUUUCUGAUUGACCCACCUGGUUCUGGGUUGUUCAACAAGGUGACAAGAGGCGUGAUGUACACUAGAGAGGAGGCUGAAGGGCGGAGGUUGAAAAACCCUUUUGAUACAAUCACAGAAGGAAUUGGAAUCAACAGACUGACAGAAAAUUUUAAACUGGCUGCACUUGAUGGGGCUUUCAGAGGCUCCGAUAGGGAGGCUGUUGAAAUGUCUAGGUAUUUAUUGAAGACCGAUGGACUCUUUCUUGGAAGUUCAUCAGCGAUGAACUGUGUUGGAGCUGUCAAAGUGGCACAAAAAAUGGGUCCUGGUCAUACGAUUGUCACAGUUUUAUGCGAUAGUGGGAUGAGGCACCUUAGUAAGUUUUACGAUGCCCAGUACUUAUCCCAGCAUGAAUUGACACCUUCAGCGUCUGGAUUGGAGUUCCUUGGUCUUGGUGCUGAUAUGAAGAUUCUGAACGGGAAACACACGCCAAAGAGUUGAGAAAUUGGAGUAAAGUGAAUGCUGUGAUUCUCGGGACCUUGAUUUCAAUAUCAUGAGUUUGGAAUCAUAAUACUUUGGUAAAUGGUUUUGACUUUAGAUAUAAAUCCUAUGGUUAUGGCAGUGGAUGAGAUUUUGCAACUACGUUCACAACCUGAAAAUGUGGAAGAUUGAAAACAGUUCCUGUCCCUGGAGACAAUUCGUGCAGGGCGUCCCUUCUUGCCAUUGGCUUCACUCAUCAUCUUCUUCCUCUAGGUUAGAAUUGACCAAGAUGUUUCUCCCUCUUUAUUCUGCUCCACUCUGCUGACUUGUUCACUAGGAAUCUAUAGAUUCAAUUGCUGCUAUCCUGCAGACCUGCCGAAUACAUUGGCAAAUUUUUACUUGUACAGCUCAUUUAUUAUUUAAAGGUAGGACAAAUUGAUAUGUGAAUUUGAAGAGACAUUGACCACAUUUUAUUAAAAUUACAUUCAACUGAUGCUGAUGUCUUGAAUA